GCUCUGCCCAGGUGCGCCGCGCUGCGCCGCGAACCGUUCGACGCCGAGCCUUUGUGUCGACGCGUCGUCGCGCCGUCGCCGCGUCCCCCUUCUUCACCUCGGCGAGGAUCGCGUCCUCCGCGCGGCGGGGCUGGCGGGGGCACGCAGCGCGCGGGUCAUGGGGAAGUGACCCACCGACCAGGCCGUCCAGGCCCGCGAGCAGCAGGUGUCAGUGCAGCCAUCUUGGCCUCCUAACCUCACCUCAGUGCCAGUGACAGGACCUCCGCCAAGAUGGGCUCCAAGGUGGAGUACGUCGAGUCCUCGCAGAUGUACGCCACCAACUACGUGAGGAACUCGAGGGCCAUCGGCGUCCUCUGGGGCAUCUUCACCAUCUGCUACGCCAUCAUCGGCGUGGUGGCGUUCGUCACCCCGGAGUGGAUAGGGGACACCCAGGAGUCGGAGUACCCGGCGCGCUUCGGCCUCUGGAGCAGCUGCUACUUCCGGUCGUCCGACGCGGGCGCCCCGGGGGCCGUGGGGUCCGCGGGGGCGGCGGGGGCGGCGGCCGCCGCCAGCGGCCUGUCCGCGGGGGCGGAGGACUGCCGCGGCCGCCUGCACGAGCUGGGCUCCAUCCCGUCGGCGGCCUGGAGGGCGGCCACCAUCUUCGUGGGGCUGUCCGUGCUGCUGGCCGCGCUCGCCAUCGUCUCCAUGCUGCUCUUCUUCUUCCUCAAGUCCACCACCGUGUUCCACGUGUGCGGCUGGAUGCAGGUGCUCUCAGCCGUGUGCAUGGUGGUGGGCGUGGUGACGUACCCGGCGGGCUGGGAUGCCCCUGAGGUGCGGCAGACCUGCGGGCCGCGCGCCAACCGCUUCGAGCUGGGCGAGUGCGGGCUGCGCUGGGCCUACCUGCUGGCGGCCAUCGGCUGCCUCGACGCCGCCAUCCUGGCCGCCCUCGCCUUCAUCCUGGCCACCAGGCACGUCCGCCUGCAGCCCGACCCCGGCUACGGCGGCUCCCUCUACAAGGGCGAGGUUAACAACGGCUUCCUGAGCGACGCGCAGUCCGUGUCCGGGUCGCGCAAGUCGCUCAACCUGCACCCCGUGCUGCUGAUGCCUCAGCCGCAGCACAUGGGCAUGGGCCCCGGCCACCUGAUGCACCCCGGCGCCGACACGGACCGCUUCUCCGAGUUCUCCAACCGGACGGGCCGCUCCAAGUCGUCGGCCUACCGCGCCGAGUACGCCUCCAGCAUCCAGAACUUCCAGCUGUAGCAGCAGCUGCAGCAGCCGCAGCAGCAGUGGCCCGAACGCGCGUCCGUUCGGCACGAACCAUUAUUGAUCUGAUUUCUUCCUUUUUGCGCGCGCCCGUCGAAGCGCCUGGCACACUGCGAGGCUAGCCCGUGACACCUGCGUGUCAAGCGGGCGGCCUACCCUCGUCCCGGCAGGCGCUUCCCGUCUACCGUCUCGAGGUUUGAGGACCGUGAGGACCGUGAGUCCUUACGUCGGACAUCUUGUCUUGCAUCUUGUUGCGCAACGAAAAGAACCGAAAACGUCAUGUUCACGUUCCGACCAUGUACCGACUCCAAUAGCUCGGAGAGAAAGCGUGAACUUGUACUAACGAUAUGUCAUUGAAGUAGUUGGUGUGAAUUGCGUCUCAAUUAGACUCUUAUGGAAUGAAUGUGAAGGAGGAUGCGCAUUUCAUGGAAGUCUGAUCAUUGCCAUUAAUCAAGGGUUUGCUGACUGACAUGUUGACUCUGAUUUUUGGCUCCUCUGCAUCAAAAACAUUUUAUAGCUCUUUUACCAUGGAAUUAUUGUUAUUAUAUUGUCUUAAUUUAACUUUUGUAAAAUAUAUACCUGCUUUAAGCAA